AGAGACAGACACAGAGACUUUAACUGUAACACAAAGGCUCUUACACACAGGAUCUGACCACAGAUCAGACCCAGAGAGACUGGGCAGUCGUCCUGCUCCCGGCUCAGAAUACUUACCGGUAUUUCAGAGCCAGGGGACGGUUAAUUCCUGUGGAGAUGGUGACACGUUCGACACUGGCGGUGAUGAUCCAUCUUGUUCUUACGCUACAGAGAUGAACCCUGGCAACAUGCUCUUGGGUUUAGAGAGACAGACUGAUCUGUCUAGAGGGGAAUGGAACCGGUACAGUAGUAGUGUAUACUCUGAAGGGUGCCUAGAUAAGAAAGGGGAGGUUAUAGUGGUAGAUGACGUGACUGUGAAAGUGGAGGGCGAUGCUCCUCCCACAUGGAAUGCAGAUGGUCACCUAGGAGACGGACAGUCCCAGGGUAGAGAUUUCUUAGAUUACAGGGGAAGCUUAGAUACAAAUCUAAAUGUCACGACCCACUCCCCUUUACACGCGUUCAGGGAUCACGAUGCCGUAUUCACGUCGAAGGCACUUUCCGAUUCACAUGGCAGCGUUCUUUUCAAUCAAGUACUGAACUCAAACGACAGGGCUAUAGCCCAGGCUCAGGGAGGGGGAGCCACAUCGGGCAAUAGUAAAGAGAAACGGUUCCUCUGCAUGUUCUGUAACAAAGGCUUCAGCUGCCCCCAGAAGGUAGAGAUCCACCAGAGGGUCCACACAGGAGAGAAACCCUUCAGCUGUACCCAGUGUCAUAUGUGCUUUGCUGAGGCUGGCAACCUGAAGAGGCACCAGAGGGUCCACACAGGGGUGAAACCCUUCAGCUGUACCCAGUGUCAAAUACGCUUUGCUCAGGCUGGUGACCUGAAGAGGCACCAGAGGGUCCACACAGGGGAAAAACCCUUCAGUUGCCUCCACUGUGAGAAGAAGUUUUCCCGUCAGCACCAGCUGAAGAUGCACCUGAAGGUUCACACGGAAGAGAGGCCAUUUGCCUGUACGCACUGCAGGAAGAGGUUCUCAGAGAGGAGCUACCUUAGGAUACACCAGCAGAAAAACCAUUCCUCUCUAUAGCAUAGAAAGUUACCAUUCCACUCGAUAGCUUGAUGUUUAGCUCAAUCCCUGCAUUAAAGGCAAAGAUUAAUUUUUGUUGUUGUCAGCAAAAAGAUAACGAUAGUAAUAGAUUUCAGUGUUGAAU